AUAAAACACUGUCUGUCCCUUUGUUACUAAUCUGGUGAUAGGCCCCUCCCAAACCGGGUAUGACAUGAAAUAAGGAACGUGUAAUUAUACAGCUGUCUGUACCCGACGUCUUCGCCCAGCUCCUGCUUUCAGUGACGUAGCUGCGGUCACGUGGUUAUCCGGAAGCUGCGCUGCGUUUACCUUCGCUUACACUGCGCCACCGAGCAUCCUCCGUCUGCGACGAAAUCAGACACAAUCUGAGGAGAUGAAUCCGUCCUGUUGCCCAUCUCUCUGCUGGUAAUGACCCCUCCGUGACCUCAGUCAUCGUCAUGGCGUCCUCAGGUUACACCUUCAUCCCGGACAGCGCCACAGAAAAGCAUAAACUGCUGUCCUCCAUGUCCAGCUAUGGGUCUCAAGAUGUGCUUGGAUGCGGGAGCCACCAUCCCACUGGUCUGGUGGGCUCUGAGUUUCACCGACAGCUCCUGGAUAAAGAUGAGGAGGAAGAAGAGGAGGCCCUGAGGCGAAAACUCAAGUACUUCUUCAUGAGUCCUUGUGACAAGUAUCACGCGAAGAGGCGCAAGCCUUUCAAACUGGGCCUGCAGCUGCUCAAAAUCAUCAUUGUGACCGUGCAGUUGGUGCUGUUUGGGCUGAGCAACCAGAUGGUCGUGACAUUCAAGGAGGAAAACACAGCGGCAUUCAAGCACCUCUUCCUGAAGGGUUACCAGGACAACCAUCCCCAAGCUGUCCACACGCAGUUGGAGCUGUACAACCACAUCAGUUUUGUCAUAGAUCAGUACAUGACUCUACCUCAGAUCUCUCUGGGUCGGUAUGCAUAUGUAAAGGGCGUUGGUGUAAAUGGAAGUGCUCUCUCCCUCUGCCAGAGGUACUAUAAGACAGGCACUAUCGACCCCGUCAACGACACAUUUGACAUUGACCCACAUGUUGUCACAGAUUGCAUUGGGCUCGAUCCAACGUCUGACAGUUCUGCACCAAGCAACGGCAACUUCAAGAAUUUCACUCUCCAGUUUCACAAGUUGAUCAAUGUAACAGUUGAUUUCCAGCUGAAGGCCAUCAAUAUUCAGACAAUAAUCAACAAUGAAAUCCCCGACUGCUACACCUUCGUCAUCACGAUCGUCUUCAACAACAAAGCUCACAGCGGCAAAGUUAAGAUCUUCCUACAGAACCAGGCAUCCAUAAAAGAAUGUAAAGACCCUAACGUGUCCGGACACGCGGAGAGCUACGUAAGAGAGUUCUUCGAUGUGGUGGUGGCAAUUGUCUGCCUGCUGUCGCUGGUGCUCUGUGGCCGCUCCAUCCUCAAAGGAAUCCUCCUUCAACAUGAAUAUGUGCAGUUUUUCAAACACAAACUGGAACACACUGUUAGCUGGGGGGACAGAAUGGAAUUCAUCAAUGGCUGGUACAUCCUGCUCAUCAUCAGUGACAUGUUUACCAUCGUCGGCAGCUUCAUCAAAAUUGGAAUAGAGUCCAAGACUUUGUCCUCCUAUGAUAUUUGCGGGAUCCUACUGGGAACAUCCACUCUGCUGGUGUGGGUGGGAGUCAUCCGCUACUUUAGUUUCUUUCAGAAAUACAAUAUCUUGAUUGUGACUCUAAGAGCUGCUUUUCCUAAUGUUAUCCGCUUCUGCAGCUGUGUAGCUGUUAUUUAUUUGGGAUACUGUUUCUGUGGAUGGAUUGUCCUGGGACCUUACCAUACUAAGUUUCGCUCCCUGUCCACGGUGUCAGAGUGUCUGUUUUCUCUCAUCAAUGGGGACGACAUGUUUGUGACAUUUGCUGAGAUGGAGCAAAGCAGCACACUGGUGUGGAUAUUCAGCCAGGUCUACCUUUACACCUUCAUCUCCCUGUUCAUCUACAUGGUGCUGUCCCUCUUCAUCGCUCUCAUCACUGGAGCCUACGACGCCAUCAUGGCCCAAACAAGGGAACAAGUUCCCCAGACAGACCUGCACACAUUCAUCGCACAGUGCACAGACACGCCCAGUUCUGGCAAAUUCCGUGGGCCUGAGGGGUCGUCAUGCUCCUUCCUCUGCUGCUGUGAAUGGUAAGAAAGUGGACAAAAAAGGGAGUGAGCAGCAGGUGCAUCAAAAAGCAAAAGACUUUUACAUUUUUAGGCCGUUAUCUUCAAAGACCACAUUUCCACUCCACUGACAACUGCACUCCUUUCUCCACACGCUCAGCAGGGACGUUAAAGGCUGGCAGAGUGAACCGGCCGACCUUGGACUGCUUUUGUCCUCCAGUGCCCGCAUUUGAGUUUGCAUUGAAUUUGUUCUGGAACAGCAGAUUGCUCUGCAUAGUCUUAAGUCCAAUUACCUGCCUCUGCUUUUGUACUGUAUGAAUAAUUUAUUGCCUCUCGCUCAAAUUUUUAGGGCUUAGAUGACCAGUCCUGUAAUGCCAGUAAACAAAAAUUCAUUACAUUAGAGUGAAAAUAGUCUUCAUCAAAUAGAACUGGUUCAACCUUUUGCUUAAGUGAUCUCCUAUGGAAAGGUUUUAUUAUAUAUUAUUUUUUAGUUCUCUACUAGGCUAGAUAAAUUUGGGCCUCUAGAAUUUUUAAACAAACAUUAUUAUGCUACAAGAUUAAGUCAGACAAAAAAAAACUUGCCAUUAUUUUGUUGCUUGAAAUCCUUAGCUUCUAGUUCAUUUCUUGUUUAGAAGUGUUCUUCUACCCCAGUUUAUUUAGCUCCCGAUCCUCUUUGUUCACAUCCAGAGGGGCUAGAUGACAGCUGCGUGUAGAAAAACAAGCCAUGGAGGAAACUUUUUUAAUCACCUGUGUGUAUGAAGUCUUUUUCCAUCGAAGACCCAGGUGAUUGUCCCUAAAUUUAUGGCAAGAUAGACUGUUUUUAUUUCAUACUUCUAUAUGAUAAGCUAUGACACUUUUAAUUGUAAUUCAGGAAAAUGCAUAUAAUUUGAAGUCUAUUCAUGCCAAUUAUUUACCGAAGGAACUGACUUGUUUUGAUUUGAUCAGGCAUCAAAAUCUGUCAUAUUUCAUAGGAGUCAAGUUUCCUUAAUGAGCAUAAGAGGCUAAAUAAAUUGAAACAGGCUGUAAUUCAACAUUUUUAACAUUUUAUUUUCAAAAUAAAUAAAAAUACUUAACUACAGAUAUGUAAUGGCUUAAAUUAAUAGAUAAAUUUGGUUUGUUUACUGGUGAGAAAUUAAAAGAAGAGAGACCAAAAGCAUGAGAAAUGAAACACGGUUGGGCAUUGGCAAUGGGGAGGAUUAACCCGGAGUACAGCACCAUGGACAAUAACACCAUAGACCCGUAUUAAUGUGUAUGGGUAACACACUCAUAGGAAUUCUGGUCUGUUACACCAGAUUGUUGUGAAUUAGUUAAGCUAGGCUAUACUUUGUAUCAGGCAAAUAGUUGUGCUUAUAUGUUUUCUAAUUUGAAAUGUAUUAUUUUACAAUAUUGGUAAAUAAACUGAAUCACCAAGACACUUAAUAUCAAAACUGAACGAUUUUAAUAUUUACUGACAAGAGUUUUUAUUUUAAGCUAAUUUGCCUUCUCACAGCAUCAACCUCGAAAAACAAUAGCUAGCAAGUAGCAUGUGUUAGCUCAGUGAAAUUUUGGAUUAAACUGAGAUUUUAUUCUCUUAUUUUGCACAUUUUGUGAUAUUUUGUUAAAAUAAAGAGGCCUAGAUCAGGUUACUGUCUUUACUCAAUUUUGGCCAAAUCUCUAUUUUCGCCAAGUGUUUUAUCACUAGUUAUUUUAUUUUUAUGACUAAGAACACCUCAACCAACUCACACUCUUCUGUGACACUUUAAAAAAACAUAAUCUGUAGAACCCUACAUAAAUGAAAUUUUAUUCCAGCAAUUUUUUUUGUUUGGCAGUAGGCAUUUUUGGGCUUUUCAGUUUUUAUGAAUUAGUGUUUAGAUUUACAAAAGGGAAUUUUCUUUUCUUUAAUGUUAACUGCCUUAAGGCCCAUACAUCACAACACUGAACUAGACUUGAUCUUUUUUAUUCUGUGACAAACAAUUUCAUUUAAACUAGUUUGCUAUCUCAAAGCAUUAGCCUAAGCUAACAUUAUCUAGCAUUUACAAUGUGUUAGCACCUUGAAAUUUUGGAAUUGUUUGUGGAAUUAUUCUCCAUUUUGCACAUUUUUUUAUUGCUUUCUUUAAGAAAGUUUCCUGUCUUAAAUCGGUUUUGGUCAAAUCUGUAUUUUAACCAUGUUGGGGUUUAAUGACGGCAGCUUUGAUUAUUCUGUCCUUUAUGUUUUGUGUUAAACCUGUGAAAGUGUGAUAGCUAGGUAUAUUAUCUGUAUAUGAGUAAUAUAACCUUUACCGACUUACACUCUUUUGUUGCCCCUAAAAGGACAUGAUUUAUGGAAACUUCUGAAACUGUAGUGUCAUUCCAGCAUUUUUUCCUUUUUUUCUGGCAUUUGUAGUUUUCACUGCUUUUGAGUACUUUAAUUUAUAUGCAUUGAAAACAUUUACAAUGACAAAAGGAGAUUUAUUUUCUUUCAUCUUAAUCGGUAGUUUAUUUAUUUGCAUGGAAAUGUGAAGCUUUACUUAAUUUGACAUUGGUGAAUCAGUAGUGCGCAGCAGAGAAAAGCAUUAUAAAUGCAAUUUAUCAGUUAUAGGAAGGCUCCUUGAUAUUGCUAGUUAUUGAUGGCGGCCACUGCUCACUGCGUUUGUUUGCAUGCACUUCUACCUUUUUUCAUUUUUACCUCAAUUUAAGAAGAAACAAUAGCUAAACGAGAAGCGUCAAGUACCUUUUAACUCACUUUUCUCUACAGAUGCUGUCUUAAUUAUGAGCACACAUUUCAGUUAAAUAAACUGGAAAGACAUACUGUG